AUGUCUUCACUAACAGAAAAGGACAGACCAAUUGUUCAGCUGUUACUGGACACUGGCACUUGCCCACGAUGUAUUUUGAGGUUCUGCUGCGUGGGAUCACAGACGCUUUAUAGGCAUCCAUACAAGGAUUUGAUGAAGGAUUUAAAAGAAUUUCUGAAAAAUACUCAAGAAAAAGAAGAUACGGUUUGUUUUGACGUAGUUGAUCCACCUUGUAAGAGACUCAGACUUCAACACACAGAAGAAGGGCCUGAUGAUGUCAACCACAAUGGAGCGCUCCAGCAGAUUCCCUCGGUUAACGAUGAAAAUACAGCCAUGGAGAACUCAGCUGUGAAGGUUUGCAAUGUGUGUUUGGGAAUUCUUCAGGAGUUCUGCGAGGCUGACUUUGUUAAAAAGGUGUGCCAAAAGGUUAAUUCCGCUGACUACCAGUUCACUAGUUUUGUAUUUUCUGUGUCGCUACCCCCACAGCUGUCUGUUAGGGAGCGUGCUGCUUGGCUGCUGGUAAAACAGGAAAUGGGAAAUCUGGGCCUUUCCUUGGCAAAGGAUGACAUUGUUCAGCUGAAAGAAGCUUAUAAGUGGAUUAUUCAUCCCCAGUUGUCAGAAGAGUUGGGUGUUCCUGCUGAUGGAAAGAGUUUGUUUGAAGUUAGCGUGGUCUUUGCUCACCCAGAAACAGACGAGGAGUGCCAUUUCCUCGCCACAGCCUGUCCAGACUGUUUCAAACCAGCGAAGAACAAACAGUCUGUUUUCACUAGAAUGGCAGUUAUAAAAGCCCUAGAGAAGAUAAAAGAAGAGGAUUUUCUCAAGCAUUUUCCAUGUCCCCCAAGUUCACCAAAGAACCUCUGUGUGGCUCUGGAAAUUCAGUGCAAUAAUGGUGCAGUUUUUGUGGCUGGAAGAUACAACAAAUAUUCAAGGAAUUUACCUCAGACUCCCUGGAUUAUUGAUGGGGAGCGGAAGCUGGAGUCUUCAGUGGAAGAACUGAUUUCGGAGCACCUAAUGGCAGAAUUCAAAGCAGAUAGCUUUAAUUUUUCUUCCUCUGGAAGAGAAGAUGUGGAUGUAAGAACACUAGGCAAUGGAAGGCCCUUUGCAAUUGAGCUUGUGAAUCCUCGUAGAAUACAUUUUACUGCUGAGGAAAUGAAGGGACUUCAGCAGACAAUUAAUAACUCUUCAGACAAAAUACAGGUUCGAGAUUUACAGCUUGUCACCAGAGAGGCAAUUGGUCGUAUGAAGGAAGGUGAAGAGGAAAAGACAAAGACCUAUAGUGCCUUAAUAUGGACAGACAAAGCAAUACAGAAAGAAGAUAUUGCAUUUCUAGAUGAUAUCAAGGAAUUAAAACUUGACCAGAAGACACCUCUCCGGGUUCUUCACAGGCGGCCUCUAGCUGUAAGAUGUCGGAUCAUUCACACCAUGAAAUCUGAGUACAUAGACGAGCAUCAUUUUCGCCUGCAUCUGAAGACUCAAGCAGGAACCUACAUUAAAGAAUUUGUGCAUGGAGACUUUGGAAGAACAAAGCCCAACAUUGGCUCCCUACUGAACAGAACCGCCGACAUUCUGGAGUUGGAUGUAGAAUCUGUUGACGUUGACUGGCCUCCAGCCCUGGAUAAUUAACUUUUCACGUUGGGACG